AUGUCCAGUCUACUCACCAUCAGCUCGAGCAUCAAGCUCUCCUCUGGCUACCUCAUACCCCGCCUCGGAUUAGGGGUGUAUAAGAAUGACGACCCUACGCUUGCGUGCGAGGCCGCUCUCGCAGCUGGUUACAGGCAUGUAGACUCCGCGCUGGGAUAUAAGAACGAGAAGGCUGUUGGGGAGGCGGUGAGGAGGAGCGGGAUCCCUCGGGAGGAAGUGUUCGUUACGAGCAAGGUGCAUAGCUUACGACAUGAGUAUGAGGAGGCUAAGGCCGCGGUCGAGGAGUCUCUCUCUAACUUCGGCCUUCCGUAUCUCGACCAUCUCAUUCACGAUCCUAAAUCAGGCAAGGAGAAACGCCUGGAGACGUGGCACGCUCUGGUGGAAAAGCAAAAGGAGGGCAAGCUGCGCAGUAUCGGAGUGUCGAAUUUCGGUGUGAACCACCUAGAGGAGAUCAAGGAUGCUGGCCUGCCGACUCCGGCUGUGAACCAGCUUGAGCUCCAUCCUUGGUGUCAGCAGCGGGAUAUUACGGAAUACUGCGCUGCGAAUGGGAUUGUUGUUGAGGCGUAUACACCUAUUACACGAGGGAAAUACUUUGAUAAUCCAACUGCGACGAGGAUUUCCCAAGCUCACAACAAGACCCCCGCACAAGUGUUCCUCCGAUGGUCCCUUCAGCGAGGGUUCGUCCCCCUCCCAAAAUCUUCCCAGCCAGAUCGCGUCCGGGCCAAGGCGCAGUUGUACGACUUUGACCUGACCGAGGAGGAGAUGAAUACGCUGGAUGAUUGUGAUAUGGGUGAGGCGGGUGCGGUUACGUGGAACCCGGUUAAUGUGCCUUAGAAACGAGUAUGGUUGCGUACGUAGACUAUGUACACAUUUCAUGUAAACUCGCGCUUUGCCGAACGGAAUGUCAAUGAC